GUCUCUAUGGCGGCGCGGGACCACGCGCGGGCGAGCAAGAUGGAGGAGAGCUCGAGCCCCAUCAGCGUCAUCCUGGUGAGCUCCGGCAGCCGCGGCAACAAGCUGCUCUUCCGCUUCCCGUUCCAGCGGGGGCCCGGCAGCCCGGCCGCCCAGACCGGGAAACCAAGGAGUAGGUACGUUGUGAACAGUAUUGGUGACAACGUGGAAGACCCUGAUGGAGACUCCAGAGAGCCCCGCCCUCUCACUGAUGAGCAGGUGGUGUCGGGGUUCUCGGACGUCAUCCUGGCAACCAUUCUGGCUACCAAGUCGGAUAUGUGCGGCAAGAAGUUUGAGCUGAAGAUUGACAACGUCCGCUUCGUUGGCCACCCAACUCUGCUUCAGCAUGCCUUCGGGCAGAUCUCCAAGACGGACCCCUCUCCAAAGAGGGAGGUGCCCACCAUGAUCCUCUUCAACGUGGUGUUUGCCUUACGGGCCACCGCGGAGCCCUCCGUGAUCAGCUGCCUGCACAACCUCUCCCGCCGCAUUGCCAUCGCCCUGCAGCACGAGGAGCGCCGCUGCCAGUACCUCACCCGUGAGGCCAAGCUCAUCCUGGCCAUUCAGGACGAAGUGUCGGCCAUGGCGGAAGCCACCGAAGGCCCACAGUCGCCUUUCCUCCACAUCCUUCCGAAGUGCAAACUGGCCCGAGACCUGAAGGAGGCCUACGACAGCCUCUGCACGACCGGCGUGGUCCAGCUGCACAUCAACCACUGGCUGGAGGUGAGUUUCUGCCUGCCGCACAAGAUCCAUUCCGUGGCGUCCCAUUUCAUCCCCCCGGAAGCCAUCGAGAGGAGCCUGAAAGCCAUUCGGCCGUACCACGCCUUGCUGCUGCUGCGGGACGAGAAGUCCCUCCUGAGCGAGCUCCCCCUGGACUGCUCCCCUGCCCUGGUGCGCGUCAUCAGGACCACCUCGGCCGUGAAGAACCUCCAGCAGCUGGCCCAGGACGCCGACCUGGCGCUGCUCCAGGUGUUCCAGCUGGCUGCACAUCUGGUUUACUGGGGCAAAGCCAUCAUCGUCUACCCGCUGUGCGAGAACAACGUCUACAUGCUCUCCCCCAACGCCAGCGUCUGCCUCUACUCCCCUCUGGCCGACGAGUUCUCCGGCCACUUCCCGGGCCACGACCUGCCCUCUGUUCUGUCGAAGUUCUCCUUGCCGGUUUCCCUGUCGGAGUUCAAGGACCCUCUCGCUCCCCCCGUGCAGGAGACGCAGCUCAUCCAGAUGGUGGCCUGGAUGCUCCAGCACCGGCUCCUGGUCCAGCUCCACACCUACGCCUGCCUGAUGGCCCCCCCGAAGGAAGAGGACUUGCGAGCCAAAGCGGAGGAGCUGCCCUUCGCUGCCCGAGUCGGGGGCCGAAGCCUCAGCACCCCCAACGCGCUCAGCUUCGGCUCUCCAACCAGCAGCGACGAUAUGACCCUCACCAGCCCCAGCAUGGACAACUCCAGCGCAGAGCUGCUGCCGGGCGGCGACUCGCCGGUGAACAAGCGCAUGACGGAGAAUCUGCUGACCAGCCUCUCGGAGCACGAGCGGGAGUCGAUUCUCAGCGUCCCGGCAGCUCACAACCCAGAAGACCUGCGCAUGUUUGCCAGGCUGCUGCACUAUUUCCGAGGGCGCCACCACCUGGAGGAGAUCAUGUACAACGAGAACAUGCGCCGGUCCCACCUGCUGAUGCUCUUCGACAAGUUCCGCAGCGUGCUGGUGGUGACCAACCACGAGGACCCCGUCAUCUCGGUCUUCCAGUCCCCCCAGAAGUGAGCGGAAGCUGCCUUGGAUCUCGCCUCAGAGCGUGGGGGCAGGAGUGGAGCUGGACUGUGGCG